AUGAAUGGCUUUGAGGAAGGCCUGGAGUUCCUGCCUGUCAACAACACCAAGAAGGUUGAGAAAGGAGGCCUCAGGCCCUGGGUGGUGCUGGCGAUUGUGCUUGCCAUCUUCCUGCUGUCUCUCACGGCUGGCUUACUGGUGUGGCACUUCCAGUACCGGGACGUGAGGGUCCAGAAGGUCUUCAAUGGCUACCUGAGGAUCACAAAUGAGAACUUUCUGGAUGCUUAUGAGAACCCAAACUCCACUGAGUUUGCAGAGCUGGCCAUCAAAGUGAAGGAGGCGCUGAAGCUGCUGUACAGUGAGAUCCCUGUCUUGGGUCCCUACCACAAGGAGUCGACAGUGACUGCCUUCAGCGAAGGCAGCAUCAUCGCCUACUACUGGUCGGAGUUCAGCAUCCCCAGCCACCUGGCAGAGGAGGCCGAGCGCGCCAUGGCCAAGGAGCGCGCCAUCCGGCUGCCGCCCCGCACCCGCACCCUGCACUCCUUCGUGCUGACCUCGGUGGUGGCCUUCCCCACCGACCCCAGAACAGUACAGACCACCCAGGACAACAGAUGCAGAUUCGCCCUGCACGCCCGUUGGGGGGAGAUCACCCGCUUCAGCACACCUGGCUUUCCUGACAGCCCCUACCCAGCCUUUGCCCGCUGCCAGUGGACCCUGCGGGGGGACGCCAACUCCGUGCUGGGCCUCACCUUCCGAAGCUUUGAUGUUGCUGCCUGUGACAGCCGUGGCAAUGACCGGGUCAUUGUAUAUGACACCCUGAGCCCCGUGGAACCCCGUACUGUGGUGCAGCUGUGUGGCAGCUACCCCCCCUCCUACAACCUGACCUUCCUCUCCUCCCAGAAUGUCCUGCUCGUCACGCUGAUAACCAACACCGAGCGGCGACAUCCUGGCUUUGAGGCCUUAUUCUUCCAGUUGCCCAAGAUGAGCAGCUGUGGAGGCUACUUACGUGAAGCCCGUGGGACAUUUAACAGCCCCUACUAUCCGGGCCACUACCCUCCCAACAUCAACUGCACUUGGGACAUCGAGGUGCCCAGCAACCGAAACGUGAAGGUGUCCUUCAAAGUCUUCUACCUGUGGGAGCCCAAUCUGCCCGUGGGCAAGUGCCUCAAGGACUUUGUGGAGGUCAACGGGGAGAAGUACUGCGGAGAGAAGCCCCAGUUUGUGGUCACCAGCAAGAGCAACAGGAUCACUGUACACUUCCAUUCGGAUCAGUCCUACACUGACACGGGCUUCCUGGCCGAGUACAUGUCUUAUGACUCCAGUGACCCGUGCCCAGGGAAGUUCAUGUGUAACACGGGGCGUUGCAUUGGGAACGCGCUGCGCUGCGAUGGCUGGGCCGACUGUGCCGACUACAGCGACGAGCUCAACUGCCAAUGCAACGCCACCUACCAGUUCACGUGCAAGAACAAGUUCUGCAAACCCCUCUACUGGGUGUGUGACACUGUGAACGACUGUGGGGACAACAGCGAUGAGCUGGACUGUAGUUGUCCGGCCAAGACCUUCAGGUGUGGCAAUGGGAGGUGCAUCCCGGAGAGCCAGCGGUGCGACGGGAAGAACAACUGUGGGGACGGGUCCGAUGAGGCCACAUGCAGCAGUGUGGCUGUUGUCACCUGCACCAAACACACCUACCGCUGCCAGAACGGGCUCUGUGUGAGCAAGAGCAACCCUGAGUGUGACGGGAAGAAAGAUUGCAGCGACGGCUCAGACGAGAAGAACUGCGACUGCGGGCUGCGGGCGUUCAGCAGGCAGUCGCGGGUGGUCGGAGGCAAGGAUGCAGACGAAGGCGAGUGGCCCUGGCAGGUGAGCCUCCACGCGCUGGGCCAGGGCCACCUGUGCGGGGCUUCUCUCAUCUCUCCCAGCUGGAUGGUGUCCGCAGCUCACUGCUUCGCCGACGACCGAGGAUUCAAGUACUCUGACCACACCAUGUGGAAGGCCUUCCUGGGCCUGCACGACCAGAGCAAGCGCAGCGCCUCGGGGGUGCAGGAGCGCGGCCUGAAGCGCAUCAUCAGCCACCCUUCCUUCAAUGACUUCACCUUCGACUAUGACAUCGCGCUGCUGGAGCUGGAGCGGCCCGUCGAGUACAGUAGCACCGUGCGGCCCAUCUGCCUGCCCGACUCCUCGCACGUCUUCCCGUCGGGCAAGGCCAUCUGGGUCACCGGCUGGGGCCACACCUACGAGGGAGGCUCCGUGGUGCUGAUCCUGCAGAAGGGCGAGAUCCGUGUCAUCAACCAGACGACCUGCGAGAAGCUGAUGCCUCAGCAGAUCACCCCGCGCAUGAUGUGUGUGGGCUACCUGAGCGGGGGCGUGGAUGCCUGCCAGGGCGAUUCCGGGGGCCCCCUGUCCAGCGUGGAGGAAGAUGGGAGAAUCUUCCAGGCCGGCGUGGUGAGCUGGGGCGAAGGCUGUGCUCAGAAGGACAAGCCAGGCGUGUACACAAGGCUCCCUCUGUUUCGGGACUGGAUUAAAGAGCAGACUGGGGUUUAGAGACAGGGGCCAUCCACCGGUCACCCCAGCGUGCACCCUUGCGGACUGAACACAGGAUCGCUACCUGGACCCCUGCCUCAGGCCCCCCCAGACUGAGCCGAAUCCCCAGGACUCUGGAGAUGGGGGACUGACUGGUCUGCAGAGCCUCUCACCUCCCGCAGCCUCCAAAGCGGGGCUGGGCGUUGGGGAGGGAAGGAUGCCAGCGAUGCCCAGGGAGCAGAGGCCUGAAGACCGGAGCCUGCCACUCUAGCCUUAAGCAGCUGAGGCUCCUUGAAGAUCUACGUCCUAGGCGUCUGCUCCAAGACCAGCCACAAUGUGGCCUCUGGGACGGCACUGUGGGCUCCUGGGACACACUCUUCAGGAAACCCAGGCCAGGAGGACCCUGGAAGACAGGCCUAAGAUUUGAACUGUUUUACCAGCUGCCAGGAUGGGGUUCAGAGUGUGUAUUUGAGUAAAAUAUUUUAUUUCUUUUUAGGUA